AUGGCUGAAUUACAGAAAAUUAGCCCUGAAAUGACUACUUAUCUUUUGGAAGCAAAACCAGAAAAAUGGGCUCGGCCAUUCUUUCCAACGAAGAGGUAUAACAUUCUUACAAGUAACAUUGCCGAAUCUAUAAAUGCAGCAAUUGUGCAUGCGAGAGAAUUGCCUAUAACGUCGUUAAUAGAAGCUAUAAGAGAGAUGCUUCAAAGAUGGUUUUCAACAAGAAAAGAAGCAGCAAUUAACCAAUUUGUUGAGGUGACAAAAUGGGCAAAUGAUGAAAUGGAAAUCAAACUUGAUGUGGCAUUUCGAAUGAAGGUAGAUGCAAUUGAUGCAAUGAAAUCUAGUGUCACAUAUGGUGAUCGAGUGUUUGUUGUCGACUUGGAACAACAUAUGUGCACAUGUAAUGAAUUUCAACUAGAGGGAAUUCCAUGUGCACAUGCUAUUGCAACAAUUGAAAGCAAGUACUUGGACAAGUACAAAUUUUGCUCAAAUUGGUAUAAAAAUUCUGUUUUGAAAGAGACAUAUGCAGGAUCAAUUAAUCCUCUUCCAGAUAAAGAUGAUUGGAGUGUCCCAGAUGAAAUAAUAGGAGAUAGCAUGAAAGCUCCAAAAUUCAAAUCUAAAGACUAUAAAGAUGCAAUGUUAUACAUAUUUGUUGCGUUCUGGACUUGUGGAUAA